AUCAUGAAUGGCUUCAUUCUAAGAAAGACACAGGACAUGCUGUGCUUUUGCCUCAUUGUAUUGCUAGGAGAAAUAUCUGGUGGUGAAACACUGAGUUUUUCUGGCUUACCUGGUACAGGCAACGUUACAGAAAAUUCUUCACCUGGUACUGUGGUGUAUACUUUCAGUGUUAAUUUAUCUCCAAAUUUAUUACCCAAUGUAUCAGUGCAAGCAGGAUUUCCUAAAAUCAUAAACUCAAACCCACUCACAAAAGCCUUUGCUAUCAACUCUGAAUCUACAGUUCUGUACAAGGUUGUUACCACUGGAAACCCUGUUCCAGAUUAUGAAACGAUGCCCCACCGAUUUGAAUUGCAGAUCCUUGUUUAUGACACAGCUGGGGCAUAUGACUUACAAAUACUGACUGUCCAAGUGCUAGAUGAACCUGAACCUCCAGUGUUUCUAGGCAAUCUGGCAAACCAAACUGUCACGAUCUACAUUUUGGAAAACAGAGCAAGUGGACCCAUUUACCAAAUGCAUGUAGCUGGUUCUGUAAAUUAUUCACUGACUCUGACUCCUGAAUCACUGUCAUUCUCUGUUUCUACAACUGGAACCAUUUCUUCCUUGAAAGUAUUUGAUUAUGAGAAAGAUCCACAUAGCUAUUUGUUUAACAUCACUGCAACAAACCACUUUGGUCAGAGUACCACUAGGACUGUGAUCAUCAAUAUCAUAAACAUUAAUGAUGAAUCACCUUACUUUACCAUGAAAGAAAGAGCUUUCAAGAUUCUAGAAGAAAGUCCACCAAGAUACGUUGUUGCCAAUAUAACAGCCAAGGAUCCAGAUGGUGAAGAUUUUAGUAGACUUCGCUUCAGCAUCAGUAAUCCUGCAGGGAUUCCUUAUUUCUCCAUAGAUCCAGACACAGGUGUGCUUACGGUGGCUAGAAGAAUAGAUCGUGACACAAACCCAUUCCGAGAACAUCCCAACAUUACUUUGGUUGUUCGCGUUGAUGAAAGCCCUAGUAGUGAGCGACACAGUCUAACAGAACUUGUUAUAACUAUUGAAGAUAUUAAUGACAACCCACCAGGAUGUGAAAAAUAUAAUUAUAGAGUGGAGUUUAAAGAAACAAACAUUUCUUCUGGAGCAAUCAUUCUUGAUUUGAAAGAUUCCUGUCAUGAGGAGUUGGACUUUGAUGCUGAGUUGCCAAACAAGCAGUUGAACUUCACUGGACUGUCUGGAGUUGGAAGUGAUAAGUUCACACAGGAUCCACCUGGCUCUGGAAGGAUCAAGCUGAUAGGAAAUGUGGAUCUUGAAAAUGAAACUGGUGGAGCAGGGCAGGAAAAAUAUACUCUGACCAUUGUGGUGGAGAAUAUUGCUCCACCUUACAGUGCUAAUAUUAUCUACAUUUAUAUCAAAAUAGAACCAGUCAACGAGUUUCAGCCAGUCUUCAGUAGUCCUUCAUAUGUUUUUAAUGUGUUGGAAACAACAGCGGUUCAAUCCAGAAUUGGACAAGUGAUUGCUACAGACAAAGAUGUACCGCCCACUGGAAUAUCAUAUUCGAUUUCGGCUGAAAACUGCACCUCUCGCUUUGGCCUCCCAGAAAUGUUCUGGAUUAAUCCUAUAGGGGGCAAUGUGGAAAUUGUAGCUAAGUUAGACUAUGAAACAAGUCCAAGCUGCUAUCUAACAGUGCAGGCUUCUGAUAACGACGGCAAGACCACAAUUGUGUCAGUAACAGUGAAUGUUCUUGAAGCAAAUGAUGAACCACCAAUUUGCUUACCCAAUUCAUAUUUGCUGCGGAUUCCAGUGGACCUAACUUAUGGCACCAACAUUGAUGGUUUCAGUAUUGUGUGUACAGAUCGUGAUUCAAGCCCUAGAACAUUCCGUUAUUUUAUUGAUUCAGGUAAUGUGAAUAACCACUUCACUUUUUCACCAAGUGCUGGCUCUAGUGUCUCACGGCUGACGCUUGCAUCCCCAUUUGACUAUGAAAGUGGUUUGGAUAUAAUCUCGGACUACAAACUGAAAGUCUUCAUAACAGAUGAUAAUUUAUUAUCAGCUGCAGACAGAGGUACAUACCUCACUCAAACGGGCACAGUGACAUUAACCAUCAAAGUCAUUCCCAACCCAACCACUGUGGUCCCUACAACGCCUGGUGUUACCCUUGUGACUAGCAGAGAAAAUGUGUAUUCUGCAUCAGCUUGGUAUGUGCCAUUCAUCAUUUCCAUCGGAAGCUUGCUACUCCUUGGACUUCUUGGGUAUCUCACCUUUUUGCUAGCAAGAUACAUCCAUACCCACUGUCCACCAAAGCCUAAAGCUGAAAAACUAAAAGCUGACAAAAAGCCACUGAUAAAAAUGCCAGAAAAGAAGAAAGCUAAGAAAGAAGUGGUUUGGGAGAUGACUGAUAUAAACACUGUUUUUGAUGGUGAAGCAACAGACCCAGUCACUGGCAAAUUGUAUGAAUAUAAUUCAAAGUCUGGGGCUCGAAGAUGGAAAGAUACCAACGUGCCUUCCAAGUUGGAAGAAAAGGACCCAGUUGCACCAGUGAUGACAACUACAAACAGCAGUCAAAGGAAUGUAAGCCCAAAGGAAGCUGAGACUAGCAGCCCAAAGCCCAUGGCACAAAAGCCUUCAGAAAUGACAAAUGAGACUUUGGCCCAAAAUAGCAAGCUAAAAUUGGAGAAGCCAAAAGAAGAGCUUUUGGGCAAAGGGUCUUCAUCACCAAUUCCCCCACACAGGUCACCAGCUUCCUCUCCCAAAAUAUAUCCCAAAUACGAAAAUCAAUCUUUACAAAAAUAAGAUGUGUUGUAUCUGUAGACUAGAAGCGCCCCUCCCCACCUGUACUCUUACUCCAGACAGUGAGAGGUAACACAGACAAAUUGUAUUGUUUUCAUUUUCACCCCUACACAAAGAGGGAUGAAACCAAGUAACAGUUGCUUCUGAGUAACAAUUCUAAUUGUGAUGUCAGGUUUAGAGUAUAAUCCAAUCCAAUGGUUUAAGAAAUACAAUGGGAUCAUAAGUUAUUUGCAUGAUUUCCAAGCAACUUUGGCUUUUGUAACCUCAUGAAUCAGAUCUAAAAUUGCUGCACGAAAACUGGGCACAUGUCCCACAGAGUUCUUGUGACAGGAUCAUUUGCCUAUAGGGAAAUUGCAGGAGAAGGAGGUUACAAAUUGCUAUGGUGACAGGAUUUUGGAUACAU